AUGCUGACCGAGGGGGCUAGCAAGGCGGCCAAGCUUCUGAAGGCCAUCCAGGAUGAGGAAGUCCAUCUCGCCGAGAUAGCACAGGGCGCUGCCGACCUUGUGGCUGAGGUCUCGAGCCAGAGGAAGGCAGGUCAGGCGACCGACGACGUGUUGCGGCGCUGGAGCAAGACGGCGAGAGACCUGGCCGUCAACUAUUUGCACAGUUUCCACAUGUGCAUCUCAUCGCGUCUGCCACUCCGACGUCGAACACCUCCGCAUCGCCGGCACGCACAUCUCCUUCGCACCCGGCUGCAAACGCCGCAUGUGGCAGCACAUCAUCCGCUUCCAACUCUCUCCCACAAACGCCGUCUUCAAGCAAUAGGACCGGAUCGCCCGCGAACUAUACCUCAUCCGCCCGGAUGGCUCGUCCUGGGGCGCCAGCUGGGACAUCGUCGUCCACCGCAAGAUCCAGACCGCCUUAGUGCACUGUACCUCGAACGCGACGCACCUAGGCCUCGUGCGCGAGACGGACGGGGAGCGAGUGUAGGAGGAAUGGACACAGGGCUUCUUGCGGCAGACGCCGAGGACGCAGAGGGCAGACAGCGUCGCCGCUACAAAGGUGAGAUCGCCGCACUGGGCGCCCAGUUGCGAGAGCUGGGCCAUGUUCCCGUUGUCCCGCCGCGUCGGCCCGGGGAGGAGGAGGACAUGAUCGAUCAUGGAGCCAGGGGCCGCCAUCGACCCGUCCCUGCCAUCGCCAUCGCCCAACCCGCCAACGGUCCUGCUGGGCGCGGCCAUGACAUGGCCCAGAACGAGAACCAGCAGGGGCAAGACGAGAUUGUGCCCGGCGAUUCCGCCUCGAGACUGGUAGGCAACAACGGUGGACUGGCCUUGCCGUCUGUACCCCGUGGUCUACCCUUCGUUCCGGGGGCAGCUUCGGCCCCAGCCGCGGCCCGUGCUGCGGCUGGAAACGUGGCGGCGGGUUUUUGUCUGGCUUUCGACGGCCGCCGAAACAACGACGGCCUCCCCGCAGACGUUGCUCCGGCUGUCCGGGACGCCGUCAUCGCCCGGUUCUGGGCCGACAAGUCUCUCGCCGAGCUCGAGGGCUUGCUCUGGGAGGGAUGGGAUCGGUUUUUCGAAUUCCGCCUUCACAUGCUCGAGGCGCUCUUCCCGCUGGUGUUUGGCAGAGGGCGCAGCAGACGGCCCGACCGACAUCGCGUCAUGGCCAUCAGAGAGGCUCGUGAGAAGCUGCUGGAGGAGAUCUUCGUCCUUGAAGACAUGAUCGACGAUCGUCGGCGGCCCCCUGGCGCCGUUCCUGUGCCGUACCCCGGCCAAGGAAUGCUGUGCAAGUAUUUUCUCGGCGGUAAUGGUCUGUCUCCGGCGACGGAGGCGAGGGUUUUGGGGGCACACAGACUUCAUCUUUGA